GGUACCAUUUUACCAUAUAUCUUUCGUUCAUUCACAUCUUUUCCGAGAUUAAUCAUUGAAUGACUUUUAGAAAACUAUCUUAGUUUAGUUACGCCUAAGUUUAGUUACGUGCGGAACGGAGGAAAUUAAUUGUUGUAUUGCCCGGAAGUAAGUAGAACACGGGACUUCAGCACGACACUGCAACGAUUCGGAGGGAGUUUUGACUUGCCACAUGCUGGCAGCUUGCAAUUUGUCUGUGAAACCUUAAAAUGGAAGCUCACACAGACAUUCAAACAACCCAGAAGGGUUUUCGCUGCACUUUAUGCGAUGUCAAUUUACCAAAUGAACCGACGGUAGACGCUCAUGUGAAGGGGCGUAAGCACCAGAACCUCUUCCGACUACGUGAAACGCGAAAAAGGCAAGUGCAAAACAGCGUAUUUGUGAGCGGCAUCAAACCAAACACCUUGUCAACGCAGCUCAUCGAGUACUUCGAACAGUUCGGACCAGUGCAAGAUGUCAUCAUGGACAAGGAGAAGGGCUCGUACGCCAUCGUGGAGUUUGAAGAACAGGCCAGCACUGCUGCGGCCCUGCACCGGACGGAGCAUGUCAUGAACGGCCUCAAGCUGCGGAUUAAACCCCGCGAGAGCAAAGAGUUCAAGGUCGUCCUCAAGAAGAAGCAGGACGGAAAAAAUUCACAGGUCAACCUGGACGCUCUCAGCCAAGAGCUAUGCCGGGCUGCGUCGGUAAAUGAACAGAUGCUGAGAGUUGUAGAGAGUUUCCAGCUGAAUGAGAAUGAGCGGAACGGCCGCGAGCUCCUGGUCAAGCUGCUGCAGGAGGUGUUCAUGGAGUUCCUCCCAGAUUGUGAGAUUGUCCCUUUUGGUUCGACCGUCAACACUUUUGGGGUUCACUCCUGUGAUAUGGACCUGUUUCUGGACCUGGAGAAAACUAGAACCUUUCAGGCCAGGUCCAAGACCGCAUCAGAACCGACCGGAGAGGGUCAGUCGGAGGACGGGCGCUCUGAAGACUCCAUCCUGUCUGACAUCGACCUGACCACGGCAACACCUGCCGAGGUGCUGGAGCUGGUCGCGGCCGUCCUGAGGAAGUGUGUCCCUGGCGUUCACAAGGUGCAGGCGCUGCCAACUGCUAGACUGCCCGUCGUCAAGUUCAGCCAUCGCAACCUGAACCUGCACGGGGACAUCAGCAUCAAGAACAGGCUGGCGCUGAGGAACACCCGCUUCCUGCAGCUGUGCUCCGAGCUGGACUCCAGGCUGCGACCCCUGGUCUUCACCGUCCGCUUCUGGGCUAAACAGAAGCAGCUGGCUGGUAAUCCCUUUGGUGGCGGGCCGUUGCUGAAUAAUUACGCCCUGACGCUGAUGGUCAUGUUCUUCCUGCAGAACAGAGACCCUCCAGUCCUGCCCUCUGUGGACCAGCUAAAGAACAUGGCCUGUGAAGAAGAGGAGUGUGUUAUUGAAGGCUGGGACUGCACCUUUCCCAGUCAGCCCAUCGCUGUUCCCCCCAGUAAGAACACAGAGGACCUCUGCACUCUGCUGGCUGCCUUCUUCUCCUUCUACGCUACGUUUGAUUUCUCGGCCUCUGUGUUGUCCGUGCGUGAGGCUCGCCCCGUGCCCAUCACCAACUUCCUGCCCUCCGAGCCGCCCAGCUCUUUGAGCGACGGCGCUGACCCCUUGCCCGACCCCCAGCGGGACCCGCUGGGCCCCAUGACCGUGCUGGACCCCCGAGAAAAGGCGGCUGGCGUGGCGGGCAACCUGUGAAGACGCGACAAGAGCUUCCAGCGCGAGUGCGCCGACGCCGAGAAGUACUGCCGCAGCCUGCAGUACCAGCGCAAGUCCAGCAAGGGCAAGUCCUGGGGCCUGGUGCGCCUCUUUGCCCCCAGCUGCCCCACUGGGGCCGGGGCCGGGGGCAGACAGGGCCAGGGCGAGGGCAAGGAGCGGCAUCUGGAGCUCAGCCUGCCCUUCCGACUGGCCGCUCUGCCCGACGCGGUGCAGCGGCGGCUGGGCACCGCGGGCGAGCGCUUCAGGGAGCAGUGGUUCGCCAUGGUGCGGCUCGCCGUGGAAACGGUGUUUCAGGAAGUGCUCGGCUGCAGCCCCGCCCAGGAGGAGGAGUUUGAAGGGCAAAUGGACACAUCCACGUCGUCCGACGCCGUCGCCAUGGACACGGCCAAGGAGCCCGAGGAGGUCGGUGGUCACGACCAGACGGAGGGUGUGGCCGCUCCCUCCGGCUCGUCCGGCGGCGUGGUCUCCCCGCAGGCGGGGCAGAAGCGUCCGUUUGCGUCCGCCGAGACCUCGCCCGUCUCGCCGCAGGAGAAGAGGCAGAAGCUGUGCGCGGCGGAGGACGAGGAGGAAGACGAGGGUGCGGAGCCGGCGCCCUCGGCCUCCUGGUGCUGGCUGCAACGGCACCCCGUGUGGGCCGGGCGCCGCAAGGUGCGCCGAGACCUCCUGAAGGCCCGCGGGGUCACUGGGGGCGGCAGCGCCGAGGCCUCCCAGCCAGACGGGGGCGGUGUGGAGAUGGAGCUGCAGGUCACGCGCCACAUCACGGCCAAAGAGCCCGACCCCCACGACCUGGUGGCGUUUAAGGUGGGGGCGCAGGUGGUCGGCGGAAGUGAGAACACCAGGGCGGUGUUGCGCUUCACGCCGCUGUGUGACCAGAAGGGACACUUCCAGGACUUCUUCCACUUCCUGGAGAUCUUCCUGCCUAAGACCACGGAGGCAUUUCUGGGGAAGUAGGAAGGAAGGUUAACAUAAUACACUUUGUUUUGUGAAAGUAAUAAUCUAUUUUAUUAGAACGCUUGUGUUUUUCCUGUCAAAUCAGAUAUUGGACUGCGCUGAUGCUGUGUAUAUAGACUCCAGUUUCCUAAUACUAAAUAUUUUAUUUUUUUAUGAAUGUUGCAUGUGUUAUGCUGUUUUUUUUGUUGUUUUUUUCAUCAGCAAUUGUCAUUCCUUUCUUUUUCUGUAGUAUCUGAUGUGGAGUUUGGCCCUAAUAUUCCCUGUGACAUGGUUAUUAUCUUUGUUUUAUUGGCUCUUGUUUUGAUGGUGAAAUGGUUAGGAUCAGGUCCUCUCGGAUCGGUGUAUUCUGGACAGUGAUCCAAUUUAAGGACUGCCGGGAUCUCGUCGGCCACAUCGUAACCAGAGUACGCAGCUGUGCUGACCUGAUCCAGAGUCCUCAUCCAGAGUACCCUACUGUGCUGACCUGAUCCAGAGUACGCUACUGUGCUGACCUGAUCCAGAGUCCUGAUCCAGAGUACGCUACUGUGCUGUCCUGAUCCAGAGUCCUGAUCCAGAGUACGCUACCGUGCUCACCUGAUCCAGAGUACGCUGUUGUGCUGAUGUUUUCAGUUCCAUGUGAGGGAUGAAUGGGAACUUUGCCAUUUGUGUAGAGUUGUGUCUUUGUAAUCUGUGCAGGCAUUAAACCUGUUGAUCACCGACAGCUGGGCCUGAA